GUUUUAUCAUAAUUUUUUGUAACGAUUAUUAUACUACAUAUUUUUUUAAAUGAUAAUAAUUUAGUAGGUUGUUGGAUUCUAGCUGGUAGUUGAUUAUUGAAUGAGAGUUUCGUUUCUUAAAUCACAAAUGUACAUUGUACUCAGUACUCAAUUAGUUCCGUUUUAUUUUUAUUUUUGCCGUUCUUAGAAUGUUCGAAUUUCAACAAUUUAAAUGUUGCUCUUUCACUAUUAUCCAAUAACUAUAGUUAGUAAUAUUUAAAAAUUAUUAGUCAUGGAUCACAGUGUGUGUUAUGUUUCUGACCCACAAUUAAUCAAAGAAUGCUGCAAAAUUCCAAAUAUAUCAAAAAGAGCUUAUUUAGUUGAUACCCUUAUUAAGGCAUAUCAUCUUUCUGAUCAUAUGGAUGUAUUUAAAGUGAAUCCUUCGACAUAUGAAGAUCUUAUAGGAUUCCAUUCUAGUGCAUAUAUUGACUUCUUACAGAAAUUAAGUGAUAACAACAGUUCUAUCUUGGAUACCGAAGAUGAAUAUGGAAUAGGUUAUGAUUGUCCAGCAGUAAAAGAUAUUUGGCAAUUUAUUACAUAUAUCUCAGGUGCUUCAUUAACUGCUGCAAAAGCAUUAACAACUAUGCAAUAUAGAUUUUCUAUCAAUUGGUGUGGGGGUUGGCAUCAUGCAUUAAGAGAUUCAGCUCAAGGAUUUUGUUAUGUAAAUGAUAUAGUUUUGGCCAUUGAUUUGUUAAGAAAAACAUUUGGGAAGGUGCUAUAUAUUGAUAUAGAUGUUCAUCAUGGAAAUGGCGUUGAGGAUGCAUAUAUGGCUACAGAUAAAGUUUUAACACUUUCAUUUCAUCAAUAUGAACCGGGUUUUUACCCUACCAGUGGAUCAUUGGAUGAUAUUGGAAUAGAUAAAGGAAAAUAUUAUACUGUAAAUGUACCAUUUAAAGAAGGAAUAAAUGAUGAUAAAUACAUAACUAUGUUUCAAACAAUUAGUAAUAUGGUGAAUAGUUCCUAUAAUCCAAAAUGUGUUGUUUUGCAAUGUGGAGCGGAUAGUUUAGUUGGAGAUCCAAUUGGUGGAUUUAACUUGACACCAAAAACAUUAGCUGAAUGUGUGAAGAGCGUAAUGAAAUGGGAAAAGCCUACAUUAUUUCUUGGCGGAGGCGGAUAUAAUGAAGCAAACGUUGCACGUUGUUGGACAUAUUUAACUGCAAUUAUUACUGGACAAGACGAUUCAUUAUCUAAUGAUAUUCCAGAUAAUGAGUAUUUUUCUGCUUAUGGCCCAGACUUUACUUUGGAUAUCAACCCAGGAAAUCGAAAAGAUUUUAAUUCAUUUAAUAAUUUAAAUUAUAUUUUCACUGAAACAUGAAAAUAGUGAAAGAAUUAGUACGCAAGCAGGAACAAUAAGCAAUUUAACCAAUAAAACUGUAUAUUAUUUCUUAAAAAAAAAAAAUUGUAUCAUAUAAUAUUUUUAGUAAUAAAAUUUUUAUAGUUAUAAACAUAAAUGUUUAUAUACUGUUUAUUACUGGCACAUACAUUUAAACAAAAACUAUAUGAUUUUAAAUUUUACUUUGCAUAGAAAUAUAAAGAUUUUAUAUCAAUAACUUGGCCCUUAAAACGUAAUUAAGUAUUUAUAUGUAUAGUAGUAGAAUAAUCCAACAUUUUGUCUGGUACAACUUCACUCUAUUCACCUAAACUUUUAGUAACUUAUAGAAUAUUUAUUUGAUUUUUGAUUUUUAUGUAUCAAAAUA